CUAGGGGAUUUAGCCAGGUCAAAAGGACAGGGGGCUUGGACCAAAAAAAACUCGCGGUGCCGAGCUCCAAACCCCGGCCUCACCUCCUCUGUGAAGCGGUGUUUAUGUCACAAGGAACUGCUAAAGGACGUGGCUCUGCGGGCGGGGCAGUGCGGCGGCUUCGGGGCAGGGGACCCCUCCACCCUUUCUCGUGCCCCUCUCGGGCGCCUGUACGGGAGCGCAGGGCCCGGCGCCACCAGAAGGUGCUCCUCCGCUCCGCGAAGCGUCCAGACACCGGCGUCCCCCCACCCCGCCUGCACGGCUUCCACGGCCUCCGCCCCCUCUCCUCCCGGCUAGUCUCGACCCCUCCCCGGCGGGAGGGAGAGGAGGAGCCAGGACCGGGCCGGAGGAGGGGGCGGCGCGCCCGGACGCGCGGGGGGCGGCGAGGAGGAAGGUCCCGCGGGCGGAGCGGCGGUCGGGGUGCUGGGGGUCGGGGUGCUGCCUGGCCGGCGGGUCGCGGUGCGGGGCCCGCGGGGACCCGGGCGCCCUCGGGCGGCGGAAGCCGGGCGCGCCCCUCGCCAGGCCGGGAUCGGGGCGGGGCGCGCGGCAUCCCCGCGGGGGGAGCCGGUCACCCGGUCUCGCCGCCGCCACCAAAGUUUCCCGGAGGAGCCGCGGCCGCGCUUCCUUCCCCGGCCCCGGGCUUGGGGGCGACCCUCGGGCGAGAACUGUUUCCGAGGGCGACCGGGCCCCCUCUCCAGCUAGAUCCCGCGCCUCCAUUGCGCCCAACUCGGAUUCCCAACUUGGGAGGCGCCGCGGGCCUGCGCACGCGCGCCUUCCUCGCCGCCGCCGCCGCCGCCGCCUCCCCCUCCCGCCGGGGAGCAGGCUCCGGGCCGAGCCGCGCGCCGAGACUCGCCCCCCGCGCGCCGCCCUCCGGCUCGCGGUCCGCCGCCCCCGCCCAUGCGGACGCCGGCCGGCCGCCCGGUGCGCCCUCGCCCGAGGGCCAGCUGAGCGCGGACCGCCGGCGGCGGCGCGAGGUGGGCCCGGCCCGGCGCUGCCCUCGACAGCGGCAAGUUUGGGAGUUGCACUAG